AUGGAAAGGCGGAGGCGCAGUGUAAAGCGGUCGCCAACCCGGUUUAUAGAAGACGUCGCGUCGCUCCUGGAGGCAACUCUGCCCGAACGGCUUUGGCGUCUUUUCAGUCUCCUCGGCUUCCCGUCUUCAAAUGUCGGUAUUCUAACUCAUAAUUUUCAAAUUUCCCAGUCAAUACAAAAUUUGACAAGUUCCGUAUAAAGCUGACUGAAAAUUCAACCAUUUUAAGAAAUUUUAAGUGAAGUUGAUUUGGAAACGUAGUGUUUUAUCCUUGCUUUCAAUUAGGUCUCAAGAGAGUUCUUAAAUAAAUCACAGCUUAAUUUUUGAAUUGGGUCUUGAGGAAAACCUUUUCGAGUAUUAUUUGAGAUGAGACGUCACGCAACUAAUUGCUUUUUUCUUUUACAGUAAGAAAUAAAAUAAUGGAUUCCCUAAAACUGAAAGAGGCAACAAAUCCAAACAAACUUGGUAAAAAUUUCCACGCAGGAUGUGGUUUGAUUUCAUUCAUAGGCUUCCAAAGAAGGAGACUUUUUUGAAUUCAGUUUUUUACGGCUUUGUGAGCCUUUUUUUCACAAAAAUGGUCCUAAAGUAUGAGAAAUCUAUCACCAGUCGGAGCUGAGAUAGUUAUUACUCCCAAAUUUUUUUCGUGAAUAAUUAUUGAAUAGAGUCCACCAAUGUGAAAAAAAUUAUAGUGAGAAUUCUAUAAAAAAAUUACAUUUUAUCAUAAAUUUCUCUGAUAAUUAUAAAAUUAAUUAGUACUUCAAUUUUGAAAAAUAACACUUUUACAGCCUGUAGGGCCUCAUCAAAUUAUCUUAAAUAGUUUCCGAAGCCGUUUGAGAAAGCUUUGAAAAACGGUUUCUUUUUUUCAAGCGGGCAACACGGUCGUUUAUUGAAAAAGUUUCAUCGUUUUGUAAUUUUUGAUUUUUUUGUCCUUUAUGAUAUUUUUUUCAGGUGACUGAAAUAUUAAAUAUGAUAACAGGAACAUGGGAAUUUAUGGCGAACCAUAAAUAAACAUUGAGCUGGUAAACGCUUCUCACGGCAGUACGUAAACGCGAGAGGCUCUCCAAGUUUCCCUCACUGUUUGCCUUUUCUCUGCUGAUUUCAGUUUUAGUUAUAGUUCACUUGCUUCCAGUUUGUCGAACAAUUGGACAAGAUCCGUUUUCGGUUUUGGAUAUUUUUCCAUCCGUUACACUUCUUGUUUAAGUUUUUUUGAAAUAUAUCAAAAAAUCUUUCCAAAAAAACUCAAACUAAGGAUCUGGCUCGAGUUAAAUUUCAAGAUUUAUUGAAAUUUUUUUACAGAACUAGAAAUCAAAAAGAAAACUAAGUUACUUCUUAUUCCAUAAAUCAUCUUCCCAAUGAAUCGGCAACAUUCUUAUAUGAAAAAAACAUCAGUCAACUAGAAAGUUCGAACUUGCAACAAUAAAACAGAAACUGGAAGUAUUUUAUUAUGCCAUGACAAACUGAUUUCACAAUCUUGACAGUUCGUUCACGUAUGUUUGUUAGGAACGAUGGCAAAACAAAUAUUGCAAACUUUCUGCUGGCAAAUUCGAUUGAAAAAGCCGUUGCUUUUUUUGAAAUUAUUUUUUUGUUCUAUUUUUUUGACAUAAAACUCCAAUUAAAAAGUUUUUUUAUUGUUGCAGUAAAAAAAUUUCACGAGAGGCUUUUUUUUUUAGAAUCGGAGCCAUUUUAUUUUUACAACGACCAGGAAUGUUUUGAUAGUUGGCGGAAUUUCUUCGUUGAUAAAAGUCAUUCGUGCUGAGAACUCGUCAAGGUAUUCACGCAGAAACAUUUUUUUUCCCCGUCCGAAAGGUUUUAAAUGUGAGAAAAAAAAAUGGUUCGAAAAUUUGCUCAGAUUGCUUUUGGGUUCACUUCCAGGUGACUAACCAGGUGACCAUUCAAACGCGAGUCCGUGGCGUAGGAAGGUGAAAACCCGGCCGUACCGAGCGAAAACAGAAAGAUCGAUCGGCCUUGGGCCUUCAAAUAGAAGUCGUCCUCAUUAAAAUUCUGUUUUCCGCUCUGUGUAAAACUACUUUGAAUUCUGUAAUAUGGUACUCCCAUUUUUGAAUCAUUUUGUCUUCAAAAGAUUCUCUUUUCCUUCCUUCCAUGACACAUUCGCUGUCAUUAUUAUUGUAUCUGUUGAUACGUUUUUUCGUUUUUCACUCUUAUGGAAUCUUUUUAUGAUUUCUUUUUACAGAACAGCAGGUCUGACGGUUUUUUCUUGAGAAUGUUGCAAGAAGAGAGAGAAAAUGAAGAAGAGGAAGUAAUUUCCGUUGACCCUCCAGAACCUGAGGUCGGAGGCCGGGCAAUAGUGGCGUGGCAACCCUGUCAGGUAUAUCUUGUAUUUGAAAGUUCUUCAAUUUCUGAGAACUUGUUAUUAAACAACGGAAAGUUUCUGAAUUUAGCGGCAACAUUACUUUUUUUCAGAAAAUGCAUACCUUAGGUUUGAUCAUUUUCUAAAAGUUUUUGAAAACCGGGUAUGUAAAACUGUUCGAUUUUUUGUACGAAAAUUGUGUAGAAAGUUAUUAAGUUUUUUUUGAAAACCAUCUUUGAGAGAUAUAGAACCUGUUCAGCGGGCCUAUGCGGCCAGAAACGGAAUCGAAGAGUUGCUUCCCAAUCCAGAGAUCACAAAUGCUUUCAUUCGUAGUAGCUUCCACAGACAGGUCAACAGGUCUACAAGCACUUUUUCGUGAGUAUCGUUUUCACUAAUUUCUGAAAGCUUCGGAGUUUCAGAAGGGCGUCGACGGCUAUUCGGAGAUCUCUUCGUUUGCCUCGCCGUAGGGCGGACGUUAGUUCCGAAAAAACAGGCGAGGCGCCUGAGUCGGGUCAGGACAAACCAGUCAGUUGAAUACUGAACUUCAUUUGAACUUCGAGUUGACAAAAACAUUUUACGAUUGCCAAUCAGAAAAAAUAUCGGCAAGAAUGUUUUGAACUUGGCGUUUUCUGCUUUUCAGAGUUUCUCGGAACAAUAAGGGAAGAUUUAAUUAAAGCAUGGAUAUCAAUUGAUAACUUAGAUUAGCCGUAAUUUUUCUGAAUAAACUGAUUGAAUUUUCGCUUUUAAAAUUGACUCAUAAAUUUGAAUUUUUUUUCGAUAUAGUCUGUGUGCCAAGGCUUGGAAUUUCACCGAACGAUAUUCCGCUCUUCCGCUGCGUCGCGAAGUAUCUUUGCGAGCCUUGGUCUCGCUUUGAAUUGGUUCUCAUUUCUGAUAGAUAACUUGUUCCACUAAGAACACGUGUUGGUCGAGUUCUUAAAUAAAAUAAAAAAUUUAAACCGUGGCCGAGCACGCAGCGGAACAACGGAAUGUCAUUCGGUGAAAUUUUAAGACGUGGUUAACAAAAUAUAACAGUGUUGAGAAUAGUGAUGAUCGCCUUCGUUUUUUUAUUUUUGGAGAUUUCAACUGUUUUUUUCAUAAAAAAAUUCUGUAAUAAUCGAAUAACUUACCAUUUUUGGAAUUUGCGCUUUAUGAUUGACAGGUGAAGUUCUGGCAAGAUCGCUAAAAUUCACAAAAAAAGCAAAAAUCAGUUCAAUUAGAUGAAAAUGACCUUUUUUUGGAGCAAAGAUAUUAAUAUGAAAUUUUAUACCUUGAAAAAAACUAUAAAAAAAUGAGAUAAAAAAAGCACAAAAAAAGAAAACAUAAAAAAAAUAUUUUUUUGCAAAAAUGCUUUUUUUGGAUGGAAUAUCAACUUCUUUGGAGAUGCUCCUUGUCUUUCAUAGUUACAAAAUUCUUUUUUGUUUGAAGGCACUGCUUUGAUGUUAUCGAGUUUCAUUUUUUGAGUUGCGUCUUCUAAUUUCAUGUGAUGGCUCGAUUCGAAGCCAUCCCUGGAAAAGUUUCUCCCUGACGAUUGUUUUAUUCGCACAGUUCGACUAUUGAAUAACAGAGUAAGAGCGCCACAUGGCGGCGUCUCAAGGACGGACCCUUUGACCGACUGUCACGUCGGAAACGGACGGCAGCUGGCAGAGUGGAGCGAGGGUGGAGAAAGAGCAGGAGACUGGGUGGGCUCAAUCGAUGUCCGACCGCUGUCAGAGCUCCAAUGCGUUUUGGCUAUUCCACACGUUGCACCACGUUUCCAUUGUACUAAUCUGAAACUUGAGCAGCUGAAAAUCUGAACACCGAAAAAAUAGGUACGAACGAAUUUUUUUCGAAAGUAUUAGUUCUCCUUGCUCUAAACGUAGCUUCCAAAAAACAUAAUUAAAUAAUUUUUUACUCGGGGCAGAUUUUUCCAAACUCAACGACGUUUAGUGAAUAGCUAAUCUGUGUAGAAGAUCGAAAUUCCCGUUUUUUAAACAGUUUUCUGUAGACUUCCUAGAUUGCUGAGAUUUAUUCACGCUCAAAUACAAUCCGAAGCAAAUUUCUUGUUGAACUAAAAUUUUGGUUUCCGGCUUCAUGUUCAAAAUUUUGAAAAAUAAACCAGAGAUUUAUUAAAAUUUAAUAUGAUUAAUUUGGUUCAGAUAUGGUUCAAGAGAACGACGAGGUAAAUUAUUGUUGUUGUUAUUGUUUUGUGGGUAUCGUGUCUAAGAGAUCUUAAUUUAAUCAUAAAAGAGAUUUUUACAAGUACCUUUGUUUUAUCAAUUGAUAUCCAAUCGUGGUUUGAAUUGCACGCGGUAGAUGUAAAGUUCCGAGAAACAAAAAGGCGUAAUGCCCAUUCCAGUCAAACGCUCGCUAUUUUACGGCUUACACCCACUCAACGAACAUCGUGCCCUCGGAGAUCCCGGCGCGGCUGGAAGAAGUCCGUGAGAAUCGCAAGCUCAACAGAACUGAAAAGGUUUGUUCCGAACUUUCUUACUUUUGAAAUCCCAUUGAUCCAAGACAACUAUCAGUUUGAAAAAUGUUAUAAUUCUGAUCUUCGAACUGCUCGCAGAUGAAAUGUUUUCAAAAGCUAGUUUCUUCCAAAAGGAAUUGAAAGUCAAUCACGAUUAGAAUCACUUCUCAAAAUUAUUUAGAAGGACCCGAAAAGAAAGCUAAAAACAAAAAUGAACAAAUAAACGGGUAAGCAAUAAUUGAGCAACCUGCGCUGAGCUUAGGUUGUUGUUUGACCUAGGUCGCGCCUCCAGUCGGUUCCGGUUAUUCCGGCGGCUGGCGGCUGCAAGAAUAGGAGCUCAGUUAACUUUCCCUCGGGCGCUACGAUUUUGACAGCUGCUGGGCUGCGCAGGCCAUUGUUGUCGUAUUUGCCAAAAACGGAAGCCUCGCAACGGGAAUCUAUUCUUUCGACCGACAUUUUCGCACCUUCUCCCUUUUUGCAACACUUUACAUUAUUUGUAAAAUGUCGUGGGCGCAAACCUACCCACCGAAUUUUCUACAACCUGUAGAAAACUCAAAAUCAACUGAACGAUUGGAAAACAAACGGCGUCAAUUGGCUGCUAUUCACGCCUGUAGGAGCACCGAUUCCACUGACUCUGGAUUUUAUGACUCGUUUGAAGAUGUGGAGUAUUCUGAACAACCGGUGGAUGUAAGAGCGAGAAAUAAUUCAAAAAUUCUCUUUUUCGCCGAAGUUUACUAAUCCUUGAUGGUGUAAACUUUGUAGAAUUAAGUUGCUUGUUCUAUAGCUCAGACGGUUUUUUUUCGAGAAGAUGCGUAGAAGUACCUGUAGCUAUAAUUUUUUUGAGAAUAAUCUCUGGAUUGUUUUGAAGAAAACAAAACGAGUCACUUCAUUAAAAGAUCAUUUAUCUUGAGGCUUUCAUAAUUUCCAUUGAAAUUCCAAAUUUUUGUAUAUCUAAAGUUCAACCUAAUAGUUCCACUUUUGAUGAAGUAAGCCAAAAUCGCAUUAAUUUCCAAUAUCACUGUUUAAUUUUAAGUUUUCUAUACCAUUUCAAAAUUGAACUGUAGGAAUCGGAGAAAUAUUCAGGUCAAGAAAAUAGUUCGAAAAACUGAUUGGCCGCCUCGUCAUGAGGUGCGCGGCGUGCUAUGGAAGGAGCUCUGCAUGAACAAGGACUUCGACAGCAGCAAGGUGCUCUUUGGCACAGAGCUCGAGAUCGUCAUGCGGAUGCCUCGUGAGUUUCCCACUUCUGAUUUCAUCAUAUUCUAAGAACUAUUCUCCAUUUUCUAUGAUCUCUUCACAAAGUUUAAAAUCGGAAAAAAAAUAUCCGAAAAUGGAGAAAGAUAUCUAAAGCUUGAAAUUUUCAACAUUUACUCCGUCUAAAAAUGACAUAAAACAUCUUUUUCCCAACAAUUUGCGAUUGAGAAAACGUAAAAAAAGCGUGAAUUUGGAAUUGAGCUGACCGUCGAGUUUAUUUUCGUGCGAAGUAUGAGCAUGUGAGAAAAGCCUGAGAAGCGCCGCUCACGCUGUGUCAACCUAGAAACAUCUUUUAUUUGCUUUGAAUAUUCUUCUUACGAGCCCUCGGCCCAAAUGCAAAGGUUAUUUCGACCAUAGAAAAAAAAAGAGAAAAAUACAUAUUGAAUUAAAGUUGUUUGAAGGUCAAGGACAAGCACCAACGUUCAUCGGCGAGGAAGGGGUAGUAAUCAACAAUUUUGAUCUGAACGAAAUUGGUGGUUUCAAGCUUCUUCAUCUCCUGACCGUGGUGGAACGUCUUCGACCAGACAUAACGGCGGCCCCGGUUGACGACCUUCUUGGAAUUUUUAUAAGCUUUUUUUAACAGAUGCUCUUUCCUCUUGCCGCUUUGAUGCUCCAUUUCAUGGAAGACGCCGAUGGCUUUGCUUGUAUUAACUAUCUUCUUUGCACUAGUGUUUGUUUUGCUUUGCGAAAAAAGUUCUGUCAGUCCAAAGUUUAGGGAUUCAUGAUGAAAACGGUUCUACAGUGGCAAGCUGCGCCAUACACCAUUAUGGCACUUAUCAAAAAACACAAAGCAAAGUCUUAUAAUGUCCUCAAAAGGCGCGUUGGCUCUUCCGAAGACGAUGUCUUGGCCAGAUGCGUGAGUUUAUGAAAGAAAAAGGGAAUUUCAAAUUGUCGAUCAUUUUCGAAAUCUCAAAACUUGAAUUUGAGAAGCUGAUCAAAAUCGAAUUUUGAGAGGAUGGCUAAAAAAGAAUGAUUCAAAGUUAUUUCUCGGCAAAAUAUUUCAAAAGAUGAAAAAAAAUUUAACAAUACGCUUGUCCUGGUUUCUCGGGUCAUUUUCCACUGGUCAUUUUACCUCUAACUACUUUCAGUUUUGUUUCAAUUUUGGACUUCAGGUGGGCAACUGGUUGCACUGGAUUUUCCAUGGGCUCCCAUUGGCUUACGUUUGCCGCGUUGUGGACUGCUACCUGGUCGAAGGCCACAAAUUCCUUGUUCGAACAGCCAUUGCAAUUUUUCUACAUUUGGGCUAAAGUUCAAAAAGGUAUCAAAUUAAUUCCGUUUUUAAUAUAAAUUUCAAUUUUUCAAUUGAGAAAAACUUGCACUUUUCAAGUUAUUGGAAAAUAAGGUGAUUCAAUUUUUUCUCGACCAGUUUUCAAUCACUUUUCAAUAUGCAAUUUUGCCGACUUUUGUUGAAAUGGUUUUGUUUCACUUUUUUCUAGACCUGCAUAAGAAAAUCUUUCUGUAACGUGAUUCAUCAUAUACAAUAUUUCAGGGUCGUCCCACGGAUGACUUUGCGAGCAAAACUGUCGAUGAAAAGGUGGAGGCGAUUCGCAUUGAAAUUCUUCAGACGGCAAUGCAAAUGACAGUCUCGGUAUUUGGUAAUUCUGGCUUCUUUUCAUGUGGUGGGCUCAGAUCAGUACCGAUUUGUUCAUUGAGACGGCCGUCAAGAUCCGAAACUUGCAGUCGUCUACCGUUACUCGUAUUCAGAGGCAUUUUGAAGACAAGGUCUGUCGAGAUUUUCGAUUUUCAUUCGAUUUAAUUUUCAAGCUGCGAGAAGAGGGAAGGGGCAGGCCUCAACCUGCUGCUGAGAGAUCUCGUAACAACAUUUACGUUGACGCAUUCAAUUCGGUUAUCAUCGACGCAGGUCAGAAUUUUCGUAGAAAUUUUGAGUUUAUUGUAAUGACUUGUGGCUUUCGGAUUUUACAUAUGAAGAUAAAAUCUCUUGCUCUUGGGAUUCUUCAAAAAAUUCGCGAAUACAAAAAAAAUAUGAAAAUUUCGUUCGGUUGAGGGAAUCUUUUGAAUUUAGAUUUUUAAUAACGAUUUUUUUCAAUUUUUGUCGACAAGAAAAACAGAAGCUAUCGAGCAAAAAAAAAACUAAACCACCUGGACAUCUUCUGAUUUUUUUUGAUUGUAAAACUUCUACUUUUCACAUUUUUUUCAAUUCAAACAAAAAAUUCGUUAAAAAAAUUAAAUAUUAACGGAAGUUCUCGUUUUCAAAAAAAUGCCAAAGGUCGUUGAAAAUUAUUUCUCGAAUAUCUUUGGUUUUUUAAUCUUGUAAAGGUGAUGCUUAAAAUAAGAAUGGUUUUGAGUAUGCUAACGAAAAUGUUGUCUCUACAUUUUACAGAGCUCUUCAGUGCAUCUAUUAUCUUAAAAUUUUCAUUCACAACAUCAAAAGUCAGUGGAGUAACUUUUCAAUUUUCGGAUGACCUUUUCUUGAGCUCUCAUUCUCUCUAUCAUACGGAAAUAUAUCAGGUACGGCUCUGGAUUUGAUGAGUGCGCUACCUGAAAGAUUACAACUCGUAACGCCUCGUUUGCUUUUCCGCCUAAGUGAAGACGGGGCCAGUUUUACGCACUUUUGGGAAAAGUUUGACCUCGCUCAAAUCAAUAAGAUGAUCAAUUGUUGACGUACAGAGUCCAACUAGCUGAACAAACGCUGCUCAUCAUCAAGUCAACUAAAGGCGAUAUUUUCGGCUCCUUUUGCAGCUCCGGCUGGAAAGAAAGACAUGAGCGCGGUGAGCGAUGUAAAACAAGGUAAUUCUUAUCUAUAACUCAAUUUUUAUUCAGGUUUAUUAAGGUUUUUUGGAACCGGCGAGUCGUACGUCUUCACCAUGAAUUUCGAUAUACAGAUGCCGGAUAUUUACUAUUGGGCCGGAAAGGGUAGAGACUCGCCGAGUAAAUACCCGCAGUAUUUCAUGGCAGCUACGGACAAGCUUCUGCUGGUAAUUUUCGUUUCCUUCAAUUUUUUUGGAACUUUUCUCUUCGUUAAUUAUCAAUUCAGAUUGGCUCGGGUGGCGGCGACGCGAUUCGAAUUGCAGACGAGCUCACUCAUGGGAUUUCUUCUCCAAACAAAACUUACGGAUGCCCUUCUCUUGUCAAAAAUGGCUCAUUCGAUAUCCACGAACUAGAAGUAUUCCAUGUGUAAGUUAAUUUUCCAUCACUGAAAACAUGAUCGAAAAAUGUGAAAUAUGCCCUCCCGGAUUUCAUUCGCAGUUUUUGCCGAAAAUAUUAUGUAGCGACAGUCGAGCUUAGACAGUUUUGCCCUUUGCCUUUGUACAAGGGAGUCUACGUAAAUUUUUCUCUCAAUUUCAUAAAAAAUGGCUAAAUUUCAGGACCGGUUGA